CGCACCCUUAAACCACUACUCAGUGGAUACGUCUCUAGUCUCCAUAAACCCUAAGUCUCUACUCGUGCUCUCCGAUGGCGAGCCUCCGAUGCCUCCGAGAGCUGAGCCGCCGCGCCACGACGGUUCUCUCGAUCAACCAAACGCGUUUGAUCACUUCAGUUCGGCGAUUAGAGCUUCCCGGGACCAGCAUUACUCAUGUGAUCCCAAUUACGAAUCAAUCUCUCACUAGGGAUUUGCCAUGGUAUCGCUCCCAAGGUCGGCAUUUCUCCUCGAAAACAGAGGACACUGAUGAAAGCAGUGAAGGAGAAGAUGAUGAGGACUACGAGGAGGAUUCUGCGGAGAUGGAAGCAGAAAGAGAGUAUUCACCGGCGGAGAAAGUAGAGGCGGCGGCGGAGAUUGGGUAUAAAGUGAUGGGUCCUCUGAAACCUUCGGAGAGAUUAUUCAAACUCUACGAGCCAGUGUUUGCCGUUGUUCAGAUUGGUUCGCAUCAGUUCAAAGUAAGCAACGGAGACUCCAUUUUCACUGAGAAGUUGAAGUUCUGUGACAUCAAUGAUAAGUUGGUACUGAUCAAGGUUCUUCUAUUGGGCUCGGCAAGCCAGACGAUUAUUGGGAGGCCUAUCUUGCCUGAUGCCACUGUUCAUGCUGUUGUGGAAGAGCAUGCAUUGGAUGAAAAAGUGCUCAUUUUCAAAAAGAAACGAAGGAAGAACUAUAGGAGAACCACAGGACAUCGACAGGAAUUAACGAAGUUGAGAAUAACGGAUAUACAAGGAAUUGAGAAACCAGAACCGAAGAUUGUCCAUAAGCCUUCCAAGGCAGCUCAUACAGAGGCUGAGCUAGUUGCUUAGAGAGACGAAUUGCUUUUUGUUGUUUUUUACUGAUGCCAAUAAGUUGAAGUAAGUUCACCUUUUCUUACAAGUUAGAACUAGUGUCUGAAAGAACGAAAAGGCCUUCUUGGUAAGUUAGUGGCAAUCACUAGGCUCCUAAGAUAUGAACGUGAUUGCCUUUAGCUAUCUCGUUCCACCACAUUGUUUGAUUUUGCUCUUUAUUUCUACAGAAACUGGCUCAGGCCUUUGAUCCUGUUUGUUUUUGUUUCAGAAUUCAAAAAUAAAUAUUUGCGGAAACAGUGGUUGUUGCUGCACUA